AUGGUCAAAUCGAAGCUGAGAGACACGGGAAGGAACUGGAUGCCGCGAUCCGAGUUCGUUCGGAUCUGCGGUGAAGUUUGUUCGGAUCCGGAUGAGGCGAGACGGGUCGCCCGGACGCUGGACGAGUCCGGAACCAGUUCUGUGGGUUAUGGGCUAGGGGAAGGUCAUGGAAUGCUUGGUCAGGCUGGAAGAAAGGCUCGAGUAGCAGCUCGGCAGAGCAAACCUGUUGCUAAGAAAUGCAGGGACAGUCAGUUUGGUAGCAGUGGCACUACUUCUGGCCUGACGUCGAGCCUGGCAUUCACACUAGUGCAGGGGAUCGAGCUGAGCAAUUACAAGCUUACGCAUAUCAACUGCGCAGUGGAGUCCAAAGUACCUACUUGA